AUGGCUUCAGAAUCGUCGAUUUGGGAAAUUCGCAACUCCUCGGCUUAUCUUGAUCUUUACGACCUAUAUGGAUGGGAAAACAAAAAGUACUUCUCAAUCAUGCUAAACCAUGGAGGUAGUUUCCUCUACUACCCAAAUCGAGAUUACUUUGGAGGAAUCAUUGACUAUAUAGACUUCAUCGACGUUGAAACUUUCUCUACAGAGGUAUUUCAUACCAUCUUAAGUUCGUUUGGUUAUGAUGUUGACAGAACAUUUGCAUACUCUUUAGUCUCAUUUGCUCCAUUAGACGUUGGUCUAAACAAGCUUGAAAGUUGGAACGAUUUCUUGAACUUUGUCAAAAAAAGUUAA